AUGUUCAUUGGUACUGCUCAUCAUCCAAAAUCUUCAAUGUGCACUUUAUCCAACGCAAUUGCAUAUCUUUAUUUUAACGACGUUUACCACGUAAUCUAUGAAAUCAUAUCGAUCCAGCCGUUGUUGCCACACAAGGCUGAUGCUGGCCUCUGGCUGCAGGAAGUGAGUAACCAAGCUAACAAGGAGACGCAAGGCGGCAAGGGUGGAAAGGGUCUCGGCAAGGGUGGCGCCAAGCGUCAUCGCAAGAUUCUCCGUGACAACAUCCAGGGUAUCACCAAGCCCGCCAUCAGACGUCUCGCCCGCCGUGGCGGUGUCAAGCGUAUUUCCGCCAUGAUCUACGAGGAGACACGCAACGUUCUCAAGACCUUCCUAGAGGGUGUCAUCCGUGACGCCGUCACAUACACUGAGCACGCCAAGCGCAAGACCGUCACAUCACUCGACGUUGUCUACGCCCUCAAGCGCCAAGGCCGCACCCUCUACGGCUUCGGUGGCUAG